AUGCAUCUCAACGGCCUAGUCCGCGGGCUUGCCCUGCUGCUACUCAGCAGCGGGGCCGUCUCACUCCCGCACCAGGACACCCGGAACGAUCUGAUGCACAGCAGACGCCAUCUGAUCGCGAGACAAGCUCCCGUCUCAAACACGACGAGACCAGCUAGCACUAAGGCUUCCUCCACACAACCCCUAAUCACUCCCGACCCUAGAACAUCCACUCGCGUAUCGUCAACUUGGACAACCAUCGGAACGUCUAGCUCAGCACCGACAACGCAGACAAUCUCUGGUGGAGAGGUCGUCGUAGCAGUUAUCGGAGCAACCUAUGUAGCCGGUGCGGGCGGCGGGUCUCUUGUGGUUGCCGGUGUCACUCACGCACUAGCUCCUGGAGCUGUUGUGUCAAUCAUCGGCACUGGAGCGAAUGGUGAUACUCCUGAGAUUGAAAACAUCUCGAAUCCGGUCCCAUCACAAAAUCCGAAAACCUCAGAUCCGGCAGAAUCCAAGCCUCCUUCUUCUGCUCCAUCUGUCCCCAGCUCUACCUCCGCAGCCCCUACUUCAACAUCUGCAACAUCGUCUUCCACGCCAUCAUCCACGGCUGUGCCAACGCCCUACAUCAUUCUCACUUCGCAAAACUCCACAAAGGAAGAGAUUCAAGACCUUAACAGCACACUCUCAAGAGAUGCUGCACCCAAGUCACUGGAGGAGGUCAUUAGUGACCGCACUGGCUUGGUGGCCAUGUUCAAGGCGAACAUCACCACUGAGCAGGCAGACGCCAUGUCAAAGCGCCCUGGUGUUGCCGGUGUUACUCCCGAUGAGAGGCUGGAAGAAGAGCAACCGCCAUCAUCUUCUGCGCCACCCUCAUCUGCAUCGCGCCAACCAACAGCCACUGGCCCACCUGGUUCGCCAAAAACAAGUGUUCCUAACCCCGCUGACAUUGCGUUGCAAUCGGACGCAGUUGAUGAACUCAAGGCAAUUUCGCAGCCAGCUGGAGCAAGCAUUGCGGACUUGCCUGGGUUUGGAUAUGCUUCAGAAGCAGGAAAGGGAGUCACGAUCUAUGUCAUUGACACCGGCGCUAACGCUGAGAACUCGGAAUGGACGGGCAUGACAGGAACAAAAGGCUUUAUGUACGCCCCUGGCGCGACAAAAGACGAGACCGAUUUCUUGAACCACGGCUCGUGCGUAGCUUCAAAAGCAGCUGGGCCAGCAUACGGCACCGCGAAGGGAGCCGAUUUGAUAGCUGUCAAGCUGCCAGGUACUCUCUCGCUUUCGGCUAUCUUCACGGCUUUGAUUGAGAUUAGCAACGAUGUCUUCCAGAAGAAGCUGGAAGGCAAAGCUGUCAUCAACAUGUCGCUAGGGUCUCGCAUCCCCGACAAGCUGUCGUCUACCACUACCGCGUAUAAGCUACUUCUUGUGGCCCUUAUGGCGGAAGAUAUCGUCAUCGUCACGGCUUCUGGAAACGAUGCUCAAUACGGCGUCGAUGAUGUGACGGAGUACCCUGCUCUCUUCGGGCCUACCACGGACAUCAUCGUCGUUGGCGCAACUGAGAAUGACGGCUACCGCGCAUUCUUCUCUCAAGGCACUGGAGAUCAACUGACUGUUUCCGCCCCCGGUUUCGUUGAUUGUGCUUCUGGCAGAUCUGCCGGCUCGCAGGAGCUUUACGGAACUUCCUUCGCCGCGCCUGCAGUCGCUGGCGUGAUUGCAGUCUGGCUAUCUCAAGACGAGCACAAGGCCCGUCUCCAGGUUCCGGGCUCAGUUGCAACAAACGUCAAGGAGAUGGUCAAAUCUCUCGCAUACUCAAGAGUUGAGGGCGAACCCGCCGUCAUCUGGAACGGCAUUGACCCUCGUGGUCUAGCAUACGUCGCCAAGCAGCGCCUUCGGGCGGCGCCGCACCUCUGCCCCAGAAGCUCCGACUUCGACCACUGGUCCAGCUGCAACCUCGGCUGCGCCCUCUUCAUCGGCAUCUGCACAGCCUUACCCACCGCCAAAACCUACAUGGAGUGA